GAAGGUAACAGCUGAACACGAAUCUCGAGCUAACGGCUAGCAAAGGCAAUAGACUGGUGUUUAUCGAUUGAAGGGGGGGAAUUUAUACAUUUGACAUUCGAAAGGAUGAUUUGUCUAUCUAGCGAUCUCUCCAAAAGAUAGGCUAUCUGCUUUGUAACUUGUUAUGUUAGCAAGUUAGCUAGCCACUUGCUACUGCUAACUAGUGCGUUGACCUCGUUGGCUAGCCAGUUUGCUAACGUUGACUAAUUUACCCAACUAGUUAGAAUUGCAAGACUGGUUAGAUACACCUAGCUAUCCGUUAUGGUUAUCAAGCCCACCAGCUGACCAUCAAAAUAUGAAUCGUGUUAUUGUAGUUCGCCAGUCAUAACCAAUAUAAUUUAGUCACUUUCUCUUGCACGUUAGUGUCAAGUUAUAUUUAUGAAAUAUUUCGUUGUCAUUGAUGGUUGCAGAUUUAUUCCUACAAUAUAACGUUAGUAGGCCAAGUUUUGUCCUAGUUUGCUAGCUAACAGUAAUAUUCUAGUCUUCGCCUACCGACCAAUUACUACAUGUACGACAGCUAGAUUAUAGCUAGCAAACUAGACCAUUUGGUUAUUUUUUACCAUUUACGCCCGAGGUAUCCGAGCGCUAUUAAUGUAAUUCAUAGUUAUUAGCUAGGUGGCUAGCGAUGUUACUUGGAAAAGCAUCCAUUUUGAGAUUGAGACAUGAUGGACCAGAAAGCUGCCUAACUAAUUCGUUAAGGUCAAACUAUGCAUGGAUUUAGACCUCCUCUUCCUCUGUCCUCGAUGCCAACAAAACAGCCGUCGAAGAAGCAGACGAAAAGAGUGCACUCGGAACUCGUUGGUGACAUCAGAGCUUCCCAUUCUUCAGACAGAGCCGAGCCUUACUUUGUUCCGACAGGAUGAUGGCCAAAGAUGUUGGUCUGAUGGAAACCAAUGGAGAACUGAAGGUUUUUAUUGACCAGAAUCUGAGUCCUAGUAAAGGUGUCUUGUCUCUGGUUGCUGUCCAUCCUGUAUCCAUCCCUGUGGCCAAACAACUACUGCCCAAAACACUGGGGCUCUCCAAUGUCAACAUUGCUCCACACAUGGUUAUUGGCACGCCCCAGAGGCCCAGUGUUUCCAGUGCCAUACUGGUGAACAGCCCUCACACACCCAGCUCCCAGUUCCUCACACAGAGCCAGCCGGCCGACGCGUCGCCUUGGUCAUCGGGGAAGCGUGGUAAGAAGGGGGAGAAGAAUGGCAAGGGCUUGAGGCAUUUCUCCAUGAAGGUGUGUGAGAAGGUGCAAAAGAAGGGUGUCACCUCGUACAACGAGGUGGCAGACGAGCUGGUGGCAGAGUUCAGCGCUGCAGACAACCACAUCUCCCCCAAUGACUCUCAUGUGUAUGACCAGAAGAACAUCCGUAGGCGUGUGUACGACGCGCUCAAUGUGCUCAUGGCCAUGAACAUAAUCUCUAAAGAGAAGAAAGAGAUCAAGUGGAUCGGUCUGCCCACAAACUCGGCCCAGGAAUGCCAGAACCUAGAGGUGGAGAGACAAAGACGACUGGAGAGAAUCAAGCAGAAGCAGUCACAACUCCAAGAGCUUAUAUUACAGCAAAUAGCCUUUAAGAACCUGGUGCAGCGGAACCGACAGACAGAACAGCAGACAAACAGACCUCCACCCCCCAACUCUCUCAUCCACCUCCCCUUCAUCAUUGUCAACACUAGCAAGAAGACUGUCAUCGACUGCAGCAUCUCCAACGACAAGUUUGAGUACCUGUUCAACUUUGACAGCAUGUUUGAGAUCCAUGACGACAUUGAGGUGCUGAAGCGUAUGGGCAUGGCCUGUGGCCUGGAGGUGGGCAAGUGUUCCCCGGAGGACCUGAAGGUGGCACGCAGCCUGGUGCCCAAAGCCCUGGAGCCCUACGUCACAGAGAUGGCCCAGGGCCCGAUCAGUAACGUCUACAUCACUGGAGGAUCCUCCACCAACGGGGGGCGCCAUCACGGCCAGGGCAGUGACAGUGGUGCAGAUGGUCCCCUGGCCUCCAGCUCUAAUGACUCUCACUACAGUGGCUCCCGUGUUGAGACUCCUGUGUCGUACAUGGGGGAUGAUGACGAGGAGGAUGACUAUGAUGAGAAUGACGAUGACGAUUAA